ACUCGCAUUUUACUUUAGUGGCUAGGGCUAUGUAGUCUACAUUGUAGACAAGUUAUAAAACUCGUGAAGUAGUGAGCUAGAAAAUGUCCGACGAAGCGAAUCUCAGUAAGAAGAGCAGCGGGACGAGCAACAACACAAAACCAGCAAAAGAGGGUAAGAGGAGCAAGAAAACACGCAGCUCCGCUCAGAACACCAUUGUAAUACACGUGUGUGAUGAGAGCAAGAAGAUCAACCAGGAUUUCCAUUGUUCUCGUGACUUGUUGGUUGAGGAAAUGAAGUACUUUGCGGAGUACCUCGCUACUGAUGUCAAACACUGCGAAGAGGUGGACAUCUCGGUACACUGCGAUGUUCAGAUAUUCGAUUGGCUGAUGCGCUACGUGCAGAGAGAUAAAUCCGUGCCGCUCACUCAGUGCCAAAACAUGCCCAAAUUGGAACCCAACAAUGUCAUUUCUAUUCUUAUCUCUUCAGAUUUCUUGAAGAUGGACGCCCUGGUGAGGAUCUGUAUUGAGUACUGUCACAAGCACAUAUCCGAGAUAAUAUCUGCCCCCUGUAACAUGAACUGCAUCAGCGGUCAGAUCCUCACGGAGAUAGCUCAGUUGUUUUCUCUGCAGCAGAUCGAGGUUAUCAGGGACAGGAAGGACAAGUUUAAAAGUAAACUUUUUGCUAAGAAGGUGGAAUCCCUUCUGGAAGGUAGCAGUGAAACAUCAGAUAUAUUCAGGUGUACCAACUGCAAACGAAUUCUUUCCGGCCAGCUUCAGGGCAAAGUGCCGUGUACGACGGGCAGAAUGACAGUCGGUUAUAACGGUGUACUCAACUACAGCCACUCCAAAGACCUGCUGUUCAACAUGAGUGACCACCUGGUCACCAUGAGAACUGCCAGCAAGACAUGGCGUGACAUCUACUGGUCACUUUGGGCCACUCUCAACUACAUGACCUGUGAAAAGUGUCAUCACACCUUCCCACUUAAUGAGAACUAUGAGUGUCUGUACCAUCCGGAGAGAGCAGUGUUUAAGGAUGGCGAAGACCAAAUAUCAGCAGCAGUUGGAGUUUACCCUUGUUGUAGACAACGGGCCCUGAGGUUCGACCCUCUAACUUGCCCUCAGGGGUGUGAGAAGAUGAAGCACACAAUACCACAGAUAGUGGCUGAUUUGGACAAGUCCAAGUUUAGUGCCUACCCUGCUGAUCUGAUACAAAUGUUUGAGGAUCACGAGGAUAUAAUUAUCAACAGUAACGAGGGCGACAGGUCGUUCCCCACGUCAGAAUACAACAUGUUCCUGUACGAGGAGUUGGCGUGCGGGGUAGCUGUUACAAAGACACUUCCUGUUGAGAAGCUGGAGAAGCAGCCUUCACUCGGAUCCCUCAAUAAUCAGACCGACCAGGACUCAGAAUCUGUUGAAGGAGUAGAAGAGGACGAAACGGAGGAUGAGGAGGUAACUCAGAUCAUCAAGAAGAGACAACAGACCGCAAACAAGCGGCGCAACAAAGCUAACCGCAUGUUGCGCAACAGUGCUAAACAGGAGGAGCGCCCCCCUGAACGCUGUGAGAUUUAUGUGGAAAGUGUCAGUAGUGACGGGAGUAAGGUUAUGGGCGGUGGUGACUACGCUAGCAGCAAGAUAAGAUGGGAUUCACGGAGGUCCCGGCGCUGGAAUCAGGAUGCUCAACGAGAUGAUGAUAAACUGCGCACCGGAGAGCUGGUCAGUCAACUGAACAGUCUCAAACUUCAAAUGAAAAGAACUGACAUUACAAAAAGCAAGGAAACGCAUCCUGGGGGACUGUAUUACUUACUGGAAAAUAAAUUCAAGGCACAGAGAAGCAAUAACAAGGAUUCUGGACACAAUCGUGUUCCUAAACGCCGAACCAUUCUGUCCAUUCCCUAAAACUUCCCCGAACUCUCAAUAUCUGUAGGAGUAGGAGUUAUUGUAUUAUUAACAUCUAUGUUGUACAGUUUUGUGUAUAAAGUAAUGAUUGCUUCGAGGCAAAGGUUAUUUUUCAAGUUGUGUUUCAAAUUUAUAAUAGGGUUUAGAAUUCAGAUAGAAAAUUAGGUUUUUUAUUGAUCGACUUAUAACGUCCUACUAAGUAAAGGUCCUAGGCCGCAUUAUUUUCACAGUUCUAUUCAGGAGUCCUAAUAAUGUCAAAUUCCUUGUUUUAACGUUUUAUCAUUUCUUAUAGUUUUUAAUGAUUGUUUGUACCCUUUUAAGUUCAGUGAUACAUAGUCGCCAAGCUUACUACCGCAGCUUUCCAAUUAAAAUUAAAGAUAGACAGCAGAAAUGAGGGUUUAUACUGUACUGUAGACUAAUUUGUGUGUAAACUGUAAAUAAAUUAAAACUGUAAACAUAUCAAGUGCACAUUUUGUACAUUUUGUACAUGAUGAAACAGACAGCAACUGCAGGUUUCAUAAUAUGUAGUUGUAUGAGAUUUUAUAUUUACAUAAUCAAAUUUGAAUUUAUUACAACGUAUACCUUACUUACUUUCUUUGUCUUUGAAAAUGAUGUAGAUUAAAAAUGUAUCAAAAGUUCAUGUUUAAAAUCAAAACUGUAUAAUUGAAAUACUUACGAAAAUAUGUUCCAAAAUUGGGAAACACCAUAAUAUCUUAUCUAUUGUGGAACGAUUUUAAGUUGGCGGUUCAGAUCAAUAAUCUCUUUAAAGUUAAUAAAUUAAAAUGCUCAUUAAAAACAAGAGGACAUUUUAAUUGGUAGUGAUCAUUACCGCUAACUCUAAAUCAUCCCAUGGAUCGUUCACAUAUUACGUAAUAACUUUUUGAACAAUUUUAACCCCUCC